GUGAUUGUGAAAUUCAUAGCGACGCUGCGAGCCGUUCGACUGUACGCUUGUUUAUUUGUUGUGAGCAAAAUGAGUGAUGUACUGAAGACGGACAAAUGGAUAAAGUUCUUUAGAGUUUACGGUCGACUACCUGCUCUCUGGAAGGUCACCGAUGAGGGCUACAAAAGCAAACGUGCAAAGAUAGAAGGAUAUAAAAAACUCCUAAAAAGCUACCGGAAGAUCUACCGCGGUGCGAAUGUGGACAAAAUGCGACGCAAAAUAAAUCGCAUACGAUGUAGUUUUCAUCGCGAGCUGCGUAAAGUGAAGCUCAGUGAAUUAUCUGCCAGGAGUAAAGAUGACGUCUAUGAACCAAAAUUGUGGUAUUUCAAAGAGUUAAGCUUCCUGCGCAAUGAUAUCCCGUACAUGGCAAUCGAAAUCGCGGAGGACACAAGCGACGUGGUCUGGGAAAAUGAGGCAACUGACGAAGAGGUGAUUGAAAUUGAACCCAUAUCAAUAGACAUCAACCCGAUAGCAAUCAAUACUGCUUGUCCAGAGCCCGUAGCACCCGUAGCUCCCUUAGCACCUCGAGCGGAGCAGCCGGAAGUAGUAGAUCAUCAGAAACUCGAAGAGGCCAAAAUCUUUGCCGAGGGCUGGGCAAUUUCCUAUUGCAAGUUGGAUGCACACAAUGGCAUGCUGGCCAAGAAGGCGAUCGAGGAGAUCUUUGUGUUGGGACAGCUCAAAAAGUUGCAGUACAAUUCUGUAAUGAUGCCAUAAUAAAGUAUUUUAAUACAAAUAAUAUUUUUAAA